CUCCCUCACUUCUUCUUCCUCCCCCAUUUCCGUUGUCCGGCGAGCACCUAUCUUAUCUUGGGAGGGCGGUCGCGAUGAUGACCAUGGAUCUGAUUGGAGGAUACGGGAGGGCGGACGAGCAGGUGGCCAUCCAGGAGGCGGCGGCGGCGGGGCUGCGCGGGAUGGAGCACCUCAUCCUGCAGCUCUCCCGGACAGGCACCAGCGAGAGCUCGCCGGUUGGGUCGUCGGAGGCGCCGGAGCAGCAGGUAGACUGCCGGGAGAUCACUGAUAUGACCGUGUCCAAGUUCAAGAAGGUGAUUUCUAUCCUCAACCACCGCACUGGCCACGCCAGGUUCCGGCGCGGGCCUGUGGUGGCGCAGUCCCAGGGCCCCGCCGUGUCCGAGCCGGCGCCGGUGAGGGCGUCUUCGUCGAGGUCCAUGACCUUGGACUUCACCAAGGCGUCUUCCGGGUACGGAAACGACGCCGGGUUCAGCGUCUCGGCCGCGAGCUCAUCCUUCAUGUCGUCGGUGACCGGUGACGGGAGCGUGUCCAACGGACUCGGGGGCGGGUCCUCGCUGAUGCUCCCGCCGCCACCUUCGGCCAGCUGCGGGAAACCGCCGCUGGCGUCCUCCGCGGCAUCCACCGGCGCCGGUGCCGGGCAGAAGCGCAAGUGCCACGACCACGCGCACUCAGAGAACGUCGCCGGCGGAAAGUACGGCGCCUCCGGUGGCCGCUGCCACUGCUCCAAGCGCAGGAAAUCCCGGGUUCGGCGGAUGACUCGCGUGCCGGCGAUCAGCUCGAAGGCGGCGGAGAUCCCCGCGGACGACUUCUCGUGGCGCAAGUAUGGCCAGAAGCCUAUCAAGGGCUCCCCCUACCCACGAGGUUACUACAAGUGCAGCACGGUGCGCGGGUGCCCGGCGCGGAAGCACGUGGAGCGCGACCCCAGCGACCCCUCCAUGCUCAUCGUGACCUACGAGGGCGAGCACCGGCACACCCCCGCGGACCAGGAGCCGCUCGCCCCGCUACCGGAGCUCUGAAAUCUCUCUGCCAUUACCGUCGUCCUCACAUGUUAAUUCAACUUAGCUUAUGACCAUGUUCCCUUCGUGACUGCUAGCUACCAUAUAUUACUACUAAUAAGUAAGCACUAGAAUUUCUUUUUCUUUUGGCCGCAUCGGUUUAGUCGCACUAAGCAUGUUGUAAAAGAACAAGUGUAGUUGGAAGCUUUGAGCUUUGAAGAAGAAAAGGUGCGUGGUAGACAAGAGAAA